AUGCGCUCCGCUAAGAAACCUGGCAAAUCUGGAGUUCCGGGGGGCUGGCUCCAGGCUGAGAAAAGGGGAGAUGAUUGUAGCCCCAUAUCUUCCAAGAUUCCUCCGCCGAACCAGAGUCGUCUUCCCUCCAACAUUCCUCUGCGGACCCUCACUAGCCGUCCCGAGCACCACGGCGCCCAGUCGACGUCAUUGUUGGCAGGUUCCCGGGUCGACGACGACCACCACCACGAUCGCCCGUCGUCUGACUCUGCCGAUUCCGAGUUCGACUCUUGGACUGAUACGGGAGAUAUUGCUGAACAGCUUGCCGACGAGGAAGAUCCGCUCAGGAUACGCCUUGCUGACACAUCGCUCAAAGACGACGGCUUGCUCGCCGGCGUCGUAGAUAAGAAGCGUUCCAAGCAUAAACGCGUUCAAUUCCGCAGAUCCGUAUCCGAGCACAGUCCCCAGCGGUCAUCACAUCUACAUGCAGACGUCAUCAGCAAGGAAGCAAUUGAAAUCCCAGACGUUCCCUUUCGUCGACCUUCUAGAGCAACACGCCUGCUGUCCGCCAUCAUGCCGGGCACGGGGCUUCGCGGCCUCACAGGCAAAAGCCUGAUCUACUUUACGAGUAUAUUCGUUUCUUUGGGCGUUUUCCUUUUUGGCUAUGAUCAGGGAGUUAUGUCCGGUAUUAUCACCGGACCUGACUUCCGGAAUUAUUUCAACAAUCCUUCCCAUGCCGAGAUUGGUACCAUGGUGGCCAUUCUCGAGAUUGGUGCCCUGAUAUCAUCUCUCGCCGUGGGAAAAAUUGGCGAUCAAAUUGGUCGGCGAAAGACGAUCCGUUAUGGCUCUGCCAUCUUUUUCGUGGGCGGUGCAUUGCAGACUUGUGCUACCAACAUGCCCAUGAUGAUGUUGGGCAGAAUUAUUGCCGGUCUUGGUGUCGGCUCGCUGUCGACCAUUGUGCCGGUAUAUCAGUCUGAAAUCUCCCCUCCACACAACCGCGGCAAACUUGCAUGUAUAGAAUUCAGUGGUAAUAUUAUCGGUUAUACCACAUCGGUAUGGGUCGAUUAUUUCUGUGGGUACAUCGAAGGCAACUACUCAUGGCGCUUGCCGCUUCUUAUGCAAUGCGUCAUGGGAGCGCUUCUGGGUGUAGGGAGCUAUCUCAUUGUGGAAUCUCCAAGAUGGCUACUUGAUAACGACCACGACGAGGAGGGUAUUGUUGUCAUUGCAAACUUGUAUGGUGCUGGAGACAUCCACAACGCCAAAGCCCGUGACGAGUAUCGCGAGAUCAAAAUGAACGUUCUGCUGCAGCGAAUGGAGGGCGAGAGGACCUACAGCGAAAUGUUCCGUAAGUACAAAACGCGUGUGUUCAUUGCGAUGUCCGCCCAGGCUCUGGCCCAACUCAACGGCAUCAACGUCAUCUCGUACUACGCACCGUACGUCUUUGAAUCUGCAGGCUGGUAUGGGCAUGACGCCAUCAAGAUGACUGGAAUCAACGGUAUUACGUACCUGCUUUCUACAAUCCCUCCAUGGUAUAUCGUGGAUCGAUGGGGUCGCCGGUUCAUCCUGCUUAGCGGAGCCGUCGCCAUGGCCAUCUCACUUUCGUCUGUCAGCUACUUCCUCUACCUGGACAUUGACAACACGCCAACUCUUGUGGUCAUCUCUGUCAUGAUUUAUAACGCUGCAUUCGGAUACUCAUGGGGUCCUAUUCCUUGGCUUUACCCUCCCGAAAUUCUGCCUCUCAGCAUCAGAUCGAAGGGUGCCAGUUUGUCGACAGCUGCCAAUUGGACCUUCAAUUUCAUCGUUGGUGAAAUGACCCCAAUCUUGCAGGACUGGAUUCAAUGGCGACUGUAUCUUUUGCAUGCAUUCUUUUGCGUUGUCAGUUUCAUCACUGUCUACUUCAUUUACCCUGAGACUUCUGGCGUUCGGCUGGAAGAGAUGGAUUCGCUAUUCGGCGACGCUACCACGGCCAUGGGCACCCCUAGCUUGAGGUCCGAGACUGGCUCUAUUUACAGAGCAUCGUCGCCAGUGCCCUCUCUUGACCUGCGCGGCCGGCCGGGCCCAGACUCGGCCAUCCCGCCACUGGAUAUUGAUCCGCCACACGUCAAGAUAGUGGAUGGCAAGCCUCAGAUCCGCUCCGAGAGCCAUUCCCGGGGCCGUGUUGGAGAUUGGCUCAACCGGGUGACAGGACGAGGCGAGAGCGGCAGCCGUGGCCCAGCUUACGAACGUUUGGAUCAACGAGACGAUUAA